UAUCCUGCUGAGCUCCGCCCACAAAUAUUCCGAUCACAUGAUUGUGACAUCAUCACAGGUCCUUCACCUCCCGCAUCAAGCAGAUUCGGAUCAGGUCCUGUUCGCAGUCUCUGCUCCUCAGUGAUUCUCUAGUUGUCUGGUUCCUAUAAGGUGUCAGGAUGUGGCGGUCUAUUUCUCCAUGGAGGAGUGGGAGUAUGUAGAAGGACACAAGGAUCUGUACCAGGACAUAGUCAUGAUGGAGGAUCACCGGCCCCUCACAUCACAAGCUGGAGUCAUUGAUAGAAAUCCACCCGAGAGGUGUCCCCGUCCUCUGUAUUCCCAGGACUAUCCAGAGGGAAAUGUCUCAGAGAAGCAUCAGGGGGGAGAUCUGACUAAUAAUAAAGUGGAGGAUGAAGAAGAGAGGAUGAGGGGCCAUCACCCGUGUAUGAGAGAAGUGAAGGAGGAAAUUUCAGGAGGUGUUACCCCAGAUUCUGCUAAGGAUUCUGAAGAAAUCAUGUCCUCCCCGAAUGAUAAAGUAGAAGAUAAUGAAACUGUGCAGAGCUCCUCAGGAGACGACCUCUAUACCCCUGAUCUCCAUCCAAGACGUCACAGGAGAAAACGGUCAUCUAGUAAUCCCCCUCAUUAUAGGGAACCUUCUCCUGACCCACCACAGGCUGUAACCACAAAUACAGACCAGAAAGAGGCGGGAACAUUCGAUAUGAUGAGUGUGAAAAAGCGUUUUUUAAGAAGAUCGGAUCUUUUUACCCCCACACAAAUCCAACCAGAAAAGAAGAAAUACGCCUUUAUAUGUUCAGAAUGUGGAGAAUGUUUUUCAUAUAAUUCGGAGCUGAUUAAACACGAGAGAAUUCACACAGGAGAGAAGCCGUUUGUAUGUUCCGAUUGUGGGAAAUGUUUUGGCCAUAAAUCGAGUCUUGUCAUACAUGAAAGAAGUCAUUCGGGGGAGAAGCCGUACACGUGUUCAGCAUGUGCAAAAUCUUUUGCUCAAAAGUCUGAUCUUGCUAGACACGAGUUAAGUCACACCGGAAUGAAGCCGUUUGCAUGUCUAGAAUGUGGGAAAUGUUUUUCGCAAAAGUCUGAUCUCCUUAGACAUGAGGUAGGUCACUCAGGAAAGAAGCCGUAUUCGUGUUUGGAAUGUGGGAAAAGUUUUACGUAUAAAUCGGAUCUUGUUAAACAUGCGAGGAGCCACACGGGAGAGAAGCCGUACCCAUGUGGGGAAUGCGGGAAAUGUUUUCCCCGUAGAUCAAGUCUAGUUAGACAUGAGAGAACACAUACAGGAGAGAAGCCGUAUUCAUGUUUAGAAUGUGGGAAAGGUUUUGUCACCGACGACAACCUAAAGCAGCAUGAGAUAACUCACACAGGAAAGAAGCCUCUAUGAUGAUCUGCGUGCGGGAAACGUUUUACAUGGAAAUUGGAUUUGGGAAUUCACAAAGAAACACCGACCCCGUUAAUAUACCUGAUGCUCCAGAAUAAUAUUGUGUAGAAUUAAUUACAGAUUUAUUAUGUUUAUACCGGGAAGAUUAGUUACCUGCCCCAUACCUGAUUAUUUUCAUUCUCAUACCCCAAAAGGGGGCGUGGCAUUGACUUGUCCAUGUUUAAAGGGGUACUCCUGUGAAAAAUAUAUAUAUUUUUUUUUCUUCAAUCAACUGGUGCCAGAAAGUUAAACAGAUUUGUAAAUUAUUUCUCUGUAAAAAUCUCAAUCCUUCCAGUACUUAUCAUCUGCUGUAUGCUCCACAGGAAGUUGUGUAGUUCUUUCCAGUCUGACCACAGCUCUCUCUGCUGACACCUCUGUCCAUGUCAGGAACUGUCCAGAGCAGCAUAUGUUUGCUAUGGGGAUUUGCUCCUGCUUUGGGCAGUUCCUGACAUGGACAGAGGUGUCAGCAGAGAGCACUGUGGUCAGACAGAAAAGAAAUUCAAACAGAAAAUAACUUCCUGUGGAGCAUACAGCAGCUGAUAAGUACUGGAAGAAUUAAGAUUUUUAAAUAGAAGAAAUUUACAAAUUUGUUUAACUUUCUGGCACCAGUUGAUUUAACAAAAAAAAAAAAAAAAAAAAGUUUUUCCACUGGAGUUCCCCUUUAAGCCACAUUUACAAUAAAAACUGGCGCAAACAAAAACACAUGGAACUGGUGUAAAAGUGGUGUUCAAGUGCGGUCCUGUUCAUAAUAUAAUGUCGUAAUGAAUAAAGUCUUCAGCGCCUUCUAUUAGUGUUACGUAGAUUUUCUCUCUUUUUCAUUCUUCUUCGCUUGAAUUCAGAAAUAUUAGUUUUUUGUUUUUUUUUACGUUUUUCACACACUUAUGCGGCUCUAACACUUUAUCAUCAUAUUUUAUAUUUCCCAUCUUUUCCAUUUCCUAUUUGUGUAACUUUAUACAGAACUCUGUAUCUCCGCCCAUUUUAUGACAUCAUAUAUAAUUCACAUAUAGUACAAUACUUCAGGCGCCCCCUGUAGGCCCUUUUGGGUCUCACACAUUCAGAAUAUCACAAUGUAAUUUUAUUUUUAUUUUUUUUAUUUUACAUUUAAAAACCUUUUUGGCGAUUUUAUUUUAAUUGAAUUUUUUUUUCUUCUAUCUUGUUUUAUUUUAUUUGGUAUCUGUUGUAACUUUAGAAUAAAUAGAUACCGGGGGAGAUCUGGCCCGCGGACGCCCCAUUCGGGGUUCACAGUCCUUUUUACGGUACAUAAUGCGGCCGUCUCCUCUUUCGAGUAUAGAGGCUGUCUCUUUACUUACUGACUUAUAGUCUAGUUCGGUUUAUUGUCGGGGGGGG